CUAUAAAAGGCCAAGCUCCCAGUUACCCAGUACACUUGCCCGUGGUGUCAGCGAGCACUGGACUUCUUCCUCUGGUGAAGUGGGUUUACUUGAACUUGAAAGAAAGAAAAAAAUGUCUCCACUUCUGAGAAGCAUCUGUGACAUCAUUGAAAUUUUCAAUCAAUAUGACUCACAUGAUUGUGAUGGAGUGGCAUUAACUAAGAAAGACCUGAAGAACCUCCUUGAAAGAGAAUUUGGAGCUGUACUUCGGAGACCACAUGACCCCAAGACGGUAGAUCUGAUCCUGGAACUUCUGGAUCGUGACUGUAACGGGCAUGUCGAUUUCAAUGAAUUCCUCCUAUUCAUUUUCAAAGUGGCUCAAGCUUGUUACUACGCUCUGGACCAGGCCACGGGACUAGAUGAAGACAAGCGAACCCUCUGUGAUGGAAAGGAGAACCUGUUACAAGAUCGCAGGCAAGAAGACCAAAGGAGAUUCGAGCACCAGGGCAGACAACUGGAAGGAGAACCUGGGCAACGACGGAGGCAGAAGAGGCAGGAACAGGAGAGGGAGCUCACUGAGGGAGAGGAGCAAAGGGAGAAACAAGAGCGACUUGAGCAGCGUGAUAGGCAGCGCCGCGACGAUGAGCUUCCAGACGACAAGCAACAGCGAAGGCGGGAGCUGCAGGGGCUGAGGAGGGAGUGCCGUGAGGAGAAGCAGCAGCGAAGGCGAGAGCUGCAAGAGAGAGUGCUCCAGGAGGAAGAAGAGAAGCUGCAAAAACGGGAGAGGCAAGAGCAAAGGGAGCGCCUGGAAGAUGAACCGCAGCGGCAAAGAGAGCUCCAGGAGGAAGAAGAUAAGCUACAGAAGCAGGAGCGGCAAGAGCUGAAGAGGGAGCGCCAGGAGGAAGAGCAGCAGCUGCAAAGGCUAAGGCCCGAGCAGGAGGAAGAGAGGCGCGAGCAGCGGCUGAAGCGCGAGCAGGAGGAGGAGAGACUCGAGCAGCGGCUGAAGCGCGAGCAGGAGGAGGAGAGGCUCGAGCAGCGGCUGGAGCGCGAGCAGGAGGAGGAGAGACUCGAGCAGCGGCUGAGGCGCGAGCAGCGGCUGAAGCGCGAGCAAGAGGAGGAGAGACUCGAGCAGCGGCUGAAGCGCGAGCAGGAGAAGGAGAGGCUCGAGCAGCGGCUGAAGCGCGAGCAGGAGGAGGAGAGGCGCGAGCAACAACUAAGGCGCGAGCAGGAGGAGGAGAGGCGCGAGCGGCGGCUGAGGCGCGAGCAGGAGCUGGCUGAGGAGGAGGAGCAGGAACAGGUCCGGGAGGAGAUUAAGAGCCGCACCCUGAAGUGGCAGUGGCAGCUAGAAAGGGAGGCCGACGCACGGCAAAGCAAAGUCUACUCGAGGCCCCGCAGGCAGGAAGAGCAGGAGGAGAAGAGGCGGCGCCGGGAGCGUGAGCUGCAACGGCAGGAGGAGGAACCCGCUCGCCGGCAGCAGCAGCAGGAGGAGCAGCGCCGGGACUUCAAAUGGCAGUGGCAGGCUGAGGAAGAGAGCGAGAGGCGCCGACAGAGGCUGUCGGUCAGGCCCUUGUUGCGGCAGCAGCGGGAGAGGCAGCUGAGGGCCGAGGAGCGCCUGCAGCGGGAACAACGGUUUCUCCAGGAGGAGGAGGAGAAGGAGCAGCGUCGCGAGAGGGAGCAAGAGCUGCAGUUCCUGCAGGAAGAAGAGCAGCUCCAGCGGCGGGAGCGCGCCCAACAGCUCCAGGAAGAGGAGGACGGCCUCCAUGAGGAUCAGGAAAAGAGGCGACGCCAGGAACAGCGCCGCGACCAAAAAUGGAGGUGGCAGCUAGAAGAAGAAAGGAAGAGACGCCGCCACACGCUGUACGCCAAGCCGGCCCCACGAGAGCAGCUGAGGAAGGAAGAGCAGCUGCAGCAGGAGGAAGAGCAGCUGCUGAGAGAGGAACGGGAGAAGAGAAGGCGCCAGGAGAGGGAGAGGCAGUACCGCGAGGAAGAGGAGCUGCAGCAGGAGGAAGAGGAAGACGAGCUGCAGCAGGAGGAAGAGCAGCUGCUGAGAGAACUGGAGAAGGGAAGGCGCCAGGAGAGGGAGAGGCAGUACCGCGAGGAAGAGGAGCUGCAGCAGGGGGAAGGGCAGCUGCUGAGAGAGGAGCGGGAGAAGAGAAGGCGCCAGGAGCGGGAGAGGCAGUAUCAGGAGGAGGAAGAGCUUCAGCGCCAGGACAGAAAGCGGCGAUACCGGGAUGAGGAUCAGCGCCGUGAUCUGAAAUGGCAGUGGGAACCAGAAAAAGAAAAUGCAGUUCGUAAAAACAGGGUUUACUGCAAACGUGGAGAGAAUGAACAGCUUCGGCAAUUGGAAGAUUCCCAGGUGCGUGACAGACAAUUCCAGCAGGAUCUGCAGUCCCUGCUGGAUGAACAGCAAGAGAGAGACCGCGAGCAAGAGAGGAGGCGCUGGCAGCGGCGCGACAGGCAAUUCCCAGAGGAAGAACAGCUGAAGCGAGAAGAGCAAAAGGAAGCCAGCAGUCGCGACAGGAAGUUCCAAGAGGAAAAGCAGUUGCUGAGAGAGGAAAGAGAAGAGAAGAGACGCCGUCAGGAAAGAGACAGAAAAUUCCGCGAGGAGGAACAGCUGCUCCAGGAAAGGGAAGAACAGCAGCUGCGCCAAGAGCGUGACAGAAAAUUCCUCGAGGAGGAGCAGCAGCUGCGCAGCCAGGAGCGCGAACAACAGCUGCGCCAAGAGCGCGACAGAAAAUUCCGCGAGGAGGAACAGCUGCUGCAGGGACGGGAGGAACAGGAGCUGCGCCAAGAGCGUGACAGAAAAUUCCUGGAAGAGGAACAGCAGCUGCGCCGCCAGGAACGAGAGAGAAAAUUCCGUGAGGAGGAGCAGCAGCUGCGCCGCCAGGAGCGCGAACAGCAACUGCGCCAGGACCGCGACAGAAAAUUCCGUGAGGAGGAACGGCUCCUUAAGGAGAGGGAGGAACAGCAGCUGCGCCGCCAGGACCGCGACAGAAAAUUCCGCGAGGAAGAACAGCUGCUCCAGGAAAGGGAAGAACAGCAGCUGCGCCAAGAGCGUGACAGAAAAUUCCUGGAAGAGGAACAGCAGCUGCGCCGCCAGGAACUAGACAGAAAAUUCCGUGAGGAAGAAGAGCAGCUGCGCCGCCAAGAGCGGGAACAGCUGCGCCAGGAGCGCGACAGAAAAUUCCGCGAAGAGGAACAGCUCCGCCAGGAGAGGGAGGAACAGCAGCUGCGCCAAGAGCGCGACAGAAAAUUCCGCGAGGAGGAACAGCUCCGCCAGGAGAGGGAGGAACAGCAGCUGCGCCGCCAAGAGCGGGACAGAAAGUAUCGCCGAGAAGAAGAGCAGCUGCAGCUUGAGGAGCAGGAAGAGCAGAGGCGCCGACAGGAACGAGACCGGAAGUACCGGGCGGAGGAGCAGUUUGCCAGGCAGGAGAAGAGCCGUCAUCAGGAACAAGAACUGUGGCAAGAAGAAGAGCAGAGACGUCGCCAGGAACGAGAAAGGAAAUUCCGGGAAGAACAGCUCCGCCGCCAGCAGGAGGAAGAACAGAGGCGCCGCCAAGUCCGGGAGACCCAAUCCCAAGAAGGCAAGGGCUAUGGGCGGCUUCUGGAGCCCGGCGCUCGUCAGUUUGCCAACGUCCCAGUGCGCUCCAGCCCUCUCUAUGAGUACAUCCAAGAGCAGAGAUCUCAAUACCGCCCUUAAGAGAUAUUGCCAAUAUGCUGACACCUGCCCAAGCUUUGAGCACAAGAAAAUGAGAAACACUGGGUACCAAGUGAUAACUCAGAUGUUUCAGGUUGUGGGAAAACUCUCUAAUGUUAGAAUGUCUUUUCUUCCAAAAUCUUAAACUACGCUCAUUUUAUGUACUUUGUACUCCUGCUUUUUAUUCUUCCUCAAGUAGUUCUUUACUGCAAGACGUCUUUCUUUUGCUCGUUGAUGCAGAUGUGGUGUGCAUUUGAAAAAAAAUACAUAUAAAUCAUUUAAUUUGUUUAAGGAGUUUUGUUUGAGGAACGUGUUCAUGUAUUGCUUUCAGAAGUAACAAGAAUAAUAAUAGGAUGACUUGAGAUUCUAAACAAUGGGUCUGUUUGUUUAAUGAUUGACCCAUCUUGUGGAAAGUGCAGAUAUUUUUAAUGUUCAAGUUGCUAUUUCUUCUUAAACCUAAAUUGAUCUUUGCCUGCAAACAGCUUUUCAUCUUUUGUGGCAUAAAUAGCACAGAUUCCAGGUAACUGAAUUUUUAUAACCCUUGAAUAGUGCAGGCGGAGUGACCACUGCAUAAAAACUUUCUGUGAAAUCAGCCUAUUACUGGAAGAAAUAUCUGUUAAGGAUAGGUUUAGCUUUGAAGAUUUAGAAUUCAAAUUAGAUUUUUUUACACUCCACUUACACAUAUAAUCUCAUGAAGCAAAAAUGAGGUGUUUCUCAAACAACUUCAGAGUUCAAAUUUUAAAAUUGUGUCUGGUGUAGUCUACAGUGUUCAUUCUACUUCCCCAAGUUUUGAAGAGUUUGAGAAUAUUACAAAACUUUGUUAAUUUUAGCUUAUUAGAAGGAAGCUGUUCAGAAUCCCAUAAACAUCUGGCUUACUCUAGGGCAAAUAAGAGAUCACAGAGGGCAUAUUGGGGGUGUAAAAAGGAAAAAUGUGUGAACAUAGAGGCAACUUUCUAGCGGCCCUUUAACAAGACCCAUCAGCCCACAAAUCAUUUGAGGCCUAUUUAUAAUACCUUGGAAACAUUCUUGUUGAAAUAAUUGGACUGUGAAAAAUAAUAAUAAAUGUUUGGCAAAUAA